AGCGUCUUAACACUACCGGCAAGCUAUAGCACCGAUGAGUAGCUGCUUCAACGGCGGCGCCGGCUGGCCGGAGCCCGUGGUGCGCGUACAGGCCGUGUCGGACACCUGCGGCGAGACGAUCCCUGAACGGUACGUGAAGCCACCGAACGAGCGGCCGUCGACGACGACGCCCCAACCGGCAGCCUCCUCACACGGCAUCAGCGGGCCGAACAUCCCGGUGGUUGACAUGUCAAUGCCGGACUCCGAGGAGACCGCCCGCGCCGUGGAGGCGGCGUGCCGGGAGUGGGGUUUCUUCCAGGCAGUUAACCACGGCGUGCGGCCGGAGCUGCUGCGCCGGGCGCGCUCGUCGUGGCGCGGCUUCUUCCGGCAGCCGGCCGAGGUGCGCGAGCGGUACGCCAACUCACCGACGACGUACGAGGGCUACGGCAGUCGCCUCGGCACCGCCAAGGGCGGCCACCUCGACUGGGGCGACUACUACUUCCUCCACCUCCUCCCAUCGUCGAUCAAGAGCCACGACAAGUGGCCGGACCUUCCUUCCACCCUUCGUGAGGCGACGGAGGAGUACAGCGAGGAUGUGGUGAAGCUGUGCCGGACGGUAUCGAGUUUGAUGUCCAGGGGGCUGGGGCUCGACGGCGGGAGGCUGCAUGAGGCGUUCGGCGGCGAGGGCGGCGAGGGGGCGUGCCUGAGGGUCAACUUCUACCCGAGGUGCCCGCAGCCAGACCUGACGCUGGGCGUGGCGGCGCACUCCGAUCCCGGCGGCAUGACCAUGCUGCUCGUCGAUGACCAUGUGCGGGGGCUGCAGGUGAGGAAGGAUGGCCAGUGGAUCACCGUCGACCCGGUCCCUGACGCCUUCAUCGUCAACAUCGGUGACCAGAUCCAGGUGCUGAGCAACGCGGCGUACAAGAGCGUGGAGCACCGGGUGACAGUGAGCGCGGCGGAGGAGCGGCUGUCGCUGGCCUUCUUCUACAACCCGCGGAGCGACGUGCCGGUGGGGCCCAUGCCGGAGCUCGUGGGGCCGGAAUCGCCGGCGAUGUACCCGGAGAUGACCUUCGACGAGUACCGCGUGCACAUCCGGCAGCGCGGCCUCAGCGGCAAGGCGCACCUGCAGUCGCUGCAGAGCUUCCGCAGCGCCGCCUCCAGCUGACACUAGCUCGCUCCGGCCGGCCGGCUUCCUCCGGGGGCCCUGUCUCCACCCCCUAUACCAUACACGUAGAUGAUCGUUCACCGGUACACGUAACGCGUACAUAUACAUAAAUAUACAAACUAGACGUCGGACGCUUCCUCUAAUAAAUAUACAUGGAAUUGUCACGUACGUGCGUCAUUCAUGUUAACUUGAUCAUUUUGUUUAUACGCACGGUACACGUACGACGUAUAAAUUAAUGAAUCUACCACAAAUACGCAAUUGAUCA